CGCAAGAAGAAGCGUCUCUGCUAGCCACUGACAGAAACCAUUUACCGCGUUCUGUCUAUAUAAGAUAGUAUUCUUGGUUAACCAUAACCUAAUCUUCUUGAUUUGUAUACAUUAAAAAAAUGGAUGUUCAGAGACACUCGGUGCAUACGUUAGUAUUUCGUUCCUUAAAAAGAACUCAUGACAUGUUUCUAUUGAAUCAAGGAACAUUGCCACCGGUGGAUCCACAUUUGCAAAAAAUAAAAAAGUCUAUAAAAGCAAAAGAUUGUUACGGUCCGGUAUUAGAACUUGUUAAACAGAAUAACAUAGCAAAAAUACAACAAGAAAAUGACAAUGCAGAUCCUCCACCACCAGGAGAUGAAUCUUUUGGCAAUAAUACUGGUUCUGCAGUUGUCCCUUACAAUACAACACAGGGAAGCACAGCAGUAGUUGCAUUACCAGCAGGAGGAGGUAACAGUGGUACUUUAACAAUACCACCAAAGAAAACACCUUCGAUGGCAAAACCAAAGUGGCAUGCACCCUGGAAAUUGUAUAGAGUCAUCAGUGGUCAUCUUGGAUGGGUUCGGUGUUGCGCUGUAGAACCUGGUAAUGAAUGGUUUGCUACUGGAUCAGCUGAUAGAGUAAUUAAAAUAUGGGAUCUAGCGAGUGGUAAAUUGAAAGUUUCUCUGACUGGUCACAUAAGCAGUGUUCGUGGACUUGCAUUUUCUCAAAGACAUCCUUAUCUGUUUUCUUGCGGUGAAGAUCGUCAAGUGAAAUGUUGGGAUCUUGAAUAUAACAAGGUAAUAAGACAUUAUCAUGGGCAUUUAUCAGCAGUAUAUUCCAUGGCAUUGCAUCCUUCCAUAGAUGUUUUAGUAACAGCGGGACGAGAUUCCACUGGAAGAGUGUGGGAUAUGCGUACCAAAGCCAAUGUUCACACGCUUGUCGGACAUACCAAUACAGUUGCUAGUGUGAUUUGUCAAUCUGUUGAACCACAAAUUGUUACCGGCAGCCAUGAUUGCACAAUUCGUUUAUGGGACUUAGCCGCUGGAAAAUCUAGAGCCACUUUAACAAACCACAAGAAAAGUGUGAGAGCUGUAACGUUCCAUCCGUCGCUGUAUAUGUUUGCAUCUGCAUCACCAGAUAAUAUUAAACAAUGGAAGUGUCCAGAAGGGAAAUUUAUUCAAAAUUUAUCUGGCCACAAUGCUAUAGUAAAUUGUUUAGCUGUAAAUCCCGAUGGCGUUUUGGUUUCCGGCGCCGACAAUGGUACUAUGCAUCUUUGGGAUUGGAGAACUGGAUACAAUUUCCAACGACUCCAAGCACCAGUACAACCUGGUUCUAUGGACAGUGAGGCUGGAGUUUUUAGUAUCACUUUUGAUAUGUCAGGCACUCGUAUGAUUACGACAGAAGCUGACAAAACGAUAAAAGUAUACAAAGAAGACGAUACCGCGACUGAAGAAACACAUCCUGUUAACUGGAGACCCGACAUAAUAAAACGAAGAAAGUACUAAACAACUUUAUGAUAUAAUUUUUAUAUUUGGAAUUUCUGUAUAUCUAUACAAAACAUAAAUAUUACAUUCAUAUAUUGAAAAAUGUAAUUGUAUUAUGUCGCACAUAAAAAAUGGAAAAGAAGUACAAGGCUGAGACAAAUACGUAUGUAACUUAAUAUUAUAUCUUGACUAAAAUGUAAAAUAGUAAUUGAAGUUUGCCAUUCUACGUUAUGUAAUGUACGGAAUGUAAAUAUCAGCAGGAAAAAAUGUAAAUGAUGUAAAUAUAUUUUCUUUUGAAUA